AUGAAUUUAAACAUUUCCAAUUUGGGAAAAUUUAUAUGGAAAUCUCAAGCUGUUCCUGGGUAUGGGUUCCAGCAAGUUAGAAAUAAAUGGGCAAAUUGGCUUAUGAUUCGUGAUGUCAAAAGGCGGCGAAUGAGCGCUGAAAAUUUCCUUGAGAGGACAAGAAUAAAUGCAAUGAGGAGAAAUGAUGUACUACCAAUUGAAAUUCGAGAGCUAGCAGACAAAGAAAUUAAUAAAUUUGAGAUGAAUGCAAUCCCACUAAGAAUUAAUAACAGAUGUGUAAUAACUUCAAGACCUCGCGGUAUUGUAAAAGAGUGGCGUAUGAGCCGUAUUGUAUGGCGCCACUUGGCAGACUACAACAAACUUUCAGGUGUACAGAGAGCUAUGUGGGGCUAA